CCUCGUGUUGACACCGCGCAUGUUUCCACGGGGCAGAGAGGCGGAGACCCACUCUGUGUCAUUGAGCUCCACAUCCACGAGCUCUCACUUCCCCGCACGUCCGACGGCCGUCACGCCGCAUCGCGAUGCCGCGUCUUCCACACCUUUUUACCUGCAGCCUCCAGGACCAUUCCCCUCUUGACGCAUCCCCCCGUGUGUGGCCGGCCUCGGAGUGCGGAAGCUGCCCUGCGGAUGUUCGCCUGACUCCCGCAUGAUUCAUCUCCAUCCCCGCAUGCGCUGACAUGGAAAGGUUCCAGUCUUCCAUGCGCAAGCGGCUUUACAGCCUGCCGCAGAACAUGGGCCAAAAAGCCGAAUGGGACGCCGGCGACAAGGACACGAAGAGGAAAAGUAUCGUGAUGAGACAUUUGUCCCCCGCCAACAGUUGCAGGAGCGCGGAGGAGGACCGGGACGUGUCCGGGAAGACCAGCGUCAACGGAGACUGCCGCCGCUUCAGGAGCAGCAUCUCGUCCGUCAGCGGGCGUCGUCCCCCCGGGGCAGAUCCGGCGGAGCAGCGCUGCCUCAUCCCGGAGGCUGACGCCGGCGUGGACCAAAGUUCCCCCGGCGAGCGCGGCCCGGCGGCGGGCGUGAGUGGCGCCGCCUUCGAGCAGGCGACUUUCAUCAAGUUGGAGGGAAGCGAGCACAUCAUCCCCGAGGAUGAGCGGCUGUACCAAGCCGGCUUCAUGCACCGGCAGUUCGGCGCCAUGCUGCAGCCGGGAGUCAACAAGUUCUCCCUGCGGAUGUUGGGCAGCGAGAGGGCGGUGGAACACGAGCGGGAACGCGUCAAGUCUGCCGGCUUCUGGAUUAUUCAUCCGUACAGCGACUUUAGGUUCUACUGGGAUCUGACCAUGCUGCUUCUGAUGGUGGGGAACCUCAUCAUCAUCCCUGUGGGCAUCACCUUCUUCAAGGACGAGCACACGCCGCCCUGGAUCGUCUUCAACGUGGUCUCCGACACCUUCUUCCUUAUGGACCUGGUCCUCAACUUCCGCACUGGCAUCGUCAAGGAGGACAACACGGAGAUCAUCUUGGACCCUCGGCAAAUCAAGAUCAAGUACCUGAAGAGUUGGUUUGUGGUGGAUUUCAUCUCCUCCAUACCCGUGGACUACAUCUUUCUCAUCGUGGAGACUCGCAUCGACUCUGAUUUUUACAAGACGGCCCGAGCACUGAGGAUCGUGCGCUUCACCAAGAUCCUCAGCCUGCUGCGCCUGUUGCGCCUUUCCAGACUCAUCCGCUACAUUCACCAGUGGGAGGAGGUUUUCCACAUGACCUACGACCUGGCCAGCGCCAUGGUGCGUAUCAUGAACCUGAUUGGUAUGAUGCUGCUGCUGUGUCAUUGGGACGGAUGUCUGCAGUUCCUGGUUCCCAUGCUGCAAGAAUUCCCUCCGGAUUGCUGGGUCACACGGAAUAAGAUGGUGAACGACACGUGGGGUCAGCAGUACUCCUACGCCCUGUUCAAGGCCAUGAGCCACAUGCUGUGCAUCGGCUACGGGUUGUACCCGCCAAUCGGCAUGGCCGACGUCUGGCUCACCAUCCUCAGCAUGAUCGUGGGCGCCACCUGUUUCGCCAUGUUUGUGGGCCACGCCACCGCUCUCAUUCAGUCUCUGGACUCUUCCCGGAGGCAGUACCAAGAAAAGUACAAACAGGUGGAGCAGUACAUGUCCUUCCACAAGCUCCCCGCCGACACGCGCCAGAGGAUCCACGAUUACUACGAGCACCGCUACCAGGGCAAGAUGUUUGACGAGGAAUGCAUUUUGGAGGAGCUGAAUGAGCCGCUGCGAGAGGAGAUCAUCAACUUUAACUGCCGCAAGCUCGUCGCCUCCAUGCCGCUGUUUGCCAACGCCGAUCCCAACUUCGUCACCUCCAUGCUGACCAAACUGCGCUUCGAGGUCUUCCAGCCGGGCGACUACAUCAUCAGGGAAGGAACCAUCGGGAAGAAGAUGUACUUCAUCCAACACGGCGUGGUCAGCGUGCUGACCAAAAGCAGCAAAGACACCAAGCUGUCUGAUGGCUCUUAUUUUGGAGAGAUUUGCCUCUUGACUCGAGGCAGAAGGACAGCGAGUGUGCGAGCAGACAACUACUGUCGUCUCUACUCUCUGUCUGUGGACAACUUCAAUGAGGUGCUGGAGGAGUAUCCCAUGAUGAGGAGGGCCUUUGAGACGGUGGCCCUCGACCGCCUCGACCGCAUUGGAAAGAGAAACUCUGUUCUCCAACAUAAAGUUCAGCAUCACCAAAGUUCUGGCACAUUAAACCUCCAAGAGAGUGAGAUCAUCCAAAGAAUAGUGCAACAUGACCGCGACAUGGCCCAGUGCACACAGCUCAUCGAGACCAGCAACGGGCAGAGCUUGACCGCUCCCCCUGCAUCACCCACCCCGGUCAUUUGGGCCCCCCUGAUUCAGGCGCCUCUCCAGGCGGCUGCUGCCGCCACCCCGCUGGCCCUGGCUUUGGCUCACCACACCCAGCUGCCUCCCAUCCUCUUUCACCCUUCUCUGGCUACUGGCUCCCUGAAAGACCGCAUCAGCCACUCGAAAAUACUCCACAGUGGAGCGCUCUCUUCUGUGGUCCGGGGUUCAGGGUCCAGUUCCCCUGUGAGCUCACCCAAAUUUCACACAGGGGUUGAAAGUCCCCCACUGGCCUCCAUCAGACUGCCGCACCUUACCACUGGGCCAUUGCCGACUCUGACUUCUCAGCCGAUCUUUACCAGCAGCUUGCAGCCCCUGUUGCCUCCCUCUCAUCCUCCACACUCGGGUAUGGCCUCGGUCUUCCCCAUCAGCCAGGCCGCUGUCUCCUACACUUGCGCGGCUCAGCUCCACUCGCAGCCCUUCCACAGCGUCAUGGCCACGCCGCACUGUCCGUUCGGUUUACUCCAGCAGGGGGAGACAGCGAGGCUAGUAGGGAGAUUUCCAGACCCUUCCUCCUGCGCCAUAAGUCCUCUGAUCUCCAGCUCUGUUGGCCCGAUUCUAAAUCAGCUGCAGGAGAGCUCGCGGGUCAUCACACAGCAGAUGGGUACCUGUCAUGGCAGCGCAGGCAGUAUUGCCAGCGGACGGAACUUUCCAUAUUUGCCCAUUAGCACCAGCAACUCUCAGUCCUCUGGCAGAUUUAUUCCGCCAGCCGGAGGAGGCGGGGCUGCGGCGUCUCUGGCACAGCAGAGUCUGGCAGGUCUCCGUACCGCAUUCCUGCCACAGCUUCUACCGGAGCAGUCCGCCCUCGCCGCCCUGGCGCAUUACGGCUCUGCAGAGGCCUCGCCUUGCUACACACCUCCACUUCACAGCCCCAGCCUACAAAGUCCGGUGAGGGGAAGGACAGUUUACCUAAAUGAACCCACCAGGAUCAAAGACACUCACAACCCUCUUAGCACUCAGACCUCAUGCCCAGCCAGGGUGGCGUGCACCAUCAGGGAGCACAACGAGUCACCAGGAGAGCUCUUCAGCCAGGAAAUAAAGACAAUCUCGGGCUCUCAUAGCUCUUUAUACCACAUGCAGGACAGGCUUUUCGAGGUUAGCCCCUUCUCUUCCCCUGUUGCAGCCAGUAAACCCGACCUACCGAUCCCGGGUCACACCACCGCCGUCACCUGGACGCAUUCGGGACUGGAGCCUCAGAACCAGUUUCUAGCGGUGAACUCCCAAGUGCUAGAGACGGAACACAAACUGUCCAAACUCCCCUCCAGUUUGUGAGGCUCAGACACACCCUCCUUUAAUGGCGACGGACCAAAACUCAAUUUACUCUCUUCGUUCACGUAUGCACUCCUUUGAAUCCAGGCGGGUGUGCCACUCUUAUCCAGCACUUUCCACCACAGAAUGUAUGGCUUACAGGUAAUAAUGGAACAUUUUUUCUACAACAUAGUUUUCCCUUAAAUAUGAUAAGAAAAUGACCUAUUGAUGGGUAAAUGUAUACCUAUAGCACCUCAUGAAAAUACACAUUUAUCAAGCUAUAUGUACUAUAAUCAUAUAUUGUUAUUGUUUAACCCUCUUUUCCUUUCAACCUUCACUUCUUUAAAGCUCUUAAGUUUGACAUCUGAAACCAAAAAAUGUUUGUCUUUUUCAAAUGGUAAAUGGGUUGUACUUGUGUAGCGAUUUUCUAUAUUCAAGGUACUCAAAGCGCUUUGACACUAUGACCACAUUCACCUGGCGAUCACGCAGCCUUGGGGACGACUCACAGGGGGACUGAGGAUCGAGCCAGGUUGGGGGGCAACCAUUCUACCACCUGAGCCAUGCUGAUCGCCAUAACUUUUGCAGAGCAAAGGGAAGUCGAUGGUGUACUUUGUGUUCUGAAGACGUCGCAUCUGAACAGAGUACUUUACAGAGUACAUAGACAAGUGUAGUAAAGGGUCUACUUCAGUUGGGAGGGCGGUCCAGCUUCAUGUACAGUGGUACUCCAGGUUUUCGUACGACCCACAUUUUUGCUGAAAUUUUCCACCCGUUUGUGUACACCGUCUCUUAUCUUAUGAUCAAAAUAUUCACCGUAACAUAUUUGUGUGAAUACUUUUCCAUGUCUAGAACGUAUUCCCUGGAUUUACAUUAUUUCUAACGGGAAAAAUUUGCUUCGGUUUUUGUACGAUUCAGUUUUCACCUGACUUUUUGGAAGGGAUGACUAACGAAAACCGAGGUACCACUGUAUUUUGGGGUCUUGUUCAUGACUGAGGAAAGGGUGGAGCAAAUAAGGCUGUAUUGGACGAUAGUGGCGAAGAGAGAGCUGACCCACAAUGCAAUGCUCUCAGUUUACCAGGGAUUUCCUUCCUACACUCGUUUGGUCCAGUUUUGGGUAAAAACCAAAAGGACAAGGAUUAACUUCCUUCGCAGGGUUUCUGGGCUUACACUCUAUUAGAAAAAAUGAGGACCUUGGUCAACCAGGAGGGACAAGACGCGGUCUCGAGCCUUUUUUGGUUGGAAGCUGCCUUAGAGCAGACCUUGGACACUAUGAGUUAUUGUGUCUCCUUAGAGCAGGGGUGUCAAACUCCUUGCAGCUCAGGGGCCGCUUGGAGGAAAAUCUAUUCCAACGUGGGGCAGACUGGCGAAAUCACGGCAUAAUAGCUUAAAAAUAAAGACAACAUCAGAGAGUUUUCUUUGUCUUACUUUAGCCAAAAAUAGAACAAGCAUAUUCUGAAAAUGUGCAUUUUACUUCAAGUUAGUUGAAAGUUGUAAGGAAACAAUGGUGCACUUUCAAAAACACCAUGAAGAACACAAUGACUUUGUCUGAGCCAUUCAACUCUGAGCACUAUCCGUUUAGCAUUCUCAUGUUAGCAGUUCACCAUUAAAUACAUGUUUGCAACAUGCUGUUUCCGCAAACCGCCGCGUUGGUGACAUCCGCAACUGCCACAACACAUUCAUUUAUCAUCAUUCAAACAUUACAAUUAUGAUAUGAGCAAAACAAUUAUCAAAAUGACACCGUCGCCGAAACCAAGGCAACAUAACUACAAACUUAACCAAUGUGAACAUGGUGGAUUUAAGCAUAAAAUAAAACUGAAAAAACAACAAAUGUGUAAAAACCAAUUUUUAAUGUAGAGUUCAGUUUGCGCGUCGUGCAGUCAACCAAUUGCGAGCGUUGCACGGAACUCUCUAACUACAAAGAUGAUGGUCAUGUUGACUUAAGUCUUUGCGUCUUACCGAUUUUGUUAUUUCAUCCGUUAAGUAGAUCAUUUACAAUAAAAGAAGGUAGUCUGCCGCCAUCUGCUGCCAGUCAAAACGGAACAGCAGAUUGCACGCGCCUGCGCCGAUUUCUUCUUUUCUGCGGAGUUGCGGCAGCCAAUCCAGAGGGCGUUUAAAGUCAGCUGACACAUUAUCUUUAAACUGUGUCGUACGAGAGGUGGGUUACCCUUGAAUUGCCGUUGCAGCAUCCAGGGGACACAUUUAGAACAGCAGUUUCUUUCGUUUAAAAAAAUUUGUUGCUAAUUUUUAUACUUAGCAAACUCAUCUUAAACCUGUUUCCGGGCCGUACAUUUGACACCCCUGCCUUGAAGAGGUGAAGUCCAGCCUUCCCUACAACAGACUGAGUCUCCUGCCAGAUCAAUCAAUCAAUGUUUACUUAUAUAGCCCUAAAUCACGAGGGUCUCAAAGGGCUGCACAAGCCACAAGAUAGUGGAUCUAACAUAAUAGUGUGAGAGUCCAGUUCAUAGUGGAUCUAACAUAAUAUUGUGAGAGUCCAGUCCAUAGUGGAUCUAACAUAAU